ACUAGAUGGAAUUCAGAGUAUAUUUUAUGAUCAAUUUAUGCAGAGAUUGAAGGUGUCACCCCACUCCCCACUCUACCUUUAGUCUUUGAAUAACUUUUUCAAGCAAUACAGUCAAGUCAUGGCUUGAAAGCGAUGGCUUUUCCCCCCAAGCUUAGCAAAAAAUCGGCUAACAAAAUAUUGAUUUCCUAUUUGUAGGUAGGCACGUGAGAGUCCCAACUAUUUACAGUAUGUAAAUGCAAUUACAAAGUCAGGUAUCCAUAACAUGCACCUUUUAUAACACACUCCACAUAUAGACCAGUUUUCUGAACCGACUUUAAGGUGACAAUAUCCCCAUUUUUAUGAUUAUGUUUAUUAUGAGACAUUUUUCAUUCUUAUUUUAGUAAGUACAAAUAUUUUCUGUGUAUGAUAGUUAUAUAUGACUGUGUGCAUUAUAUUUAGUUCAUACAUUGGAAAUUUUCAGUUUAAAGUCUUUCAUUUUUAUAAUGUAAUUUUAAAGGAAAAUGUCCUUAUCCUGUCAAGGGUACUACAAAAAAAAAAUACAUUCAUUGCCUCCUUACAUCUGAUAACCUCUGAUGUUAAAUGUUACAAAUAGGAUAAAUGCAGUUGUAGCAGCAAAAUGUACCUCAGCAACUGUAUUGUAUACUAAAAGAAAUAAGUAUUUAACAACACAGAAUUUGAUAAUAAUAAUAAAAAAUCAUGCUAGUUAGUUCUUAACUGAAACAACUUGUGACAUGAAACAUGAUUACUAUUUUUUUCCCCUCAAUACAAGCACUGAGUUAGUAAAAGAGACUAUUUCAUUGGGUGAAGUUAUCAAAGUGGCUAUAACUUUACCAGCAUUACUUUUAUACUCAAAAGACCUCUCUAAUGCUGUGAACAUUGGCAAUUCUGGAUUGAAAAUAAGAAAAAGAAAAGAAAAAAAGAAAAGAAAAAAAUGCAGAAAAAAAAUCUUCUCAAAGCAGGCUUGUUUUCCGAUUAUAGAUUUGAUUUUCAGCCCGAUAUUGUUGGACUGCCCACAUUUUAGCCAAAAAUGGUGUCAGCAGAGGAACACCAACACAUUUCCAUUUCAACCAGCGUCGCCCAAAAGGAAUUUGUUUUGUUUGUAUGUUUUUAGGGGAUUGCUGUAAUGCUUCCUUGUAGAAAAAGAAGUGCAUGCAGAUUAAUAUCUGAUUAUAUCAACAGGUUUUGUCUUCUCAUUAUUUUAUUGAGUGAAUCAGUCAUGGCACUACAACCUUUGAAAAAGAUUUCAGGAAGACCAGAAAUUUUUGCAAUAGUGUGCUUUUGCCCAGUGUUUGCCUCACGUGAUCGUUGCGUACUUUGAUGGUGACGGUCACCUGGAGCAUUAUUUGUACCAUUUUAAUUAAGAACGGUGUAAUAAAUUAGCAAUAGUCAAAAAUAUACAACGAGCCAUUUGAAAUUAUUCUGGGAUGCUGCUUCGCUGAUGUGAGUUGGCAACAGUUAUGUUAUGAGGUACCAAACAAAGCAGUGUUGAGAAACUCAAGCAAACUGUCCAAUUUUUUUUCUUAAAAGUUGUAACUUUGAAGGUCGGAAGAUAUUGCUUGAGAUAUAGGAUAUAAAUAAAUGUUGCCACUUCAUAAUAUAGUUCAGUACAUUCCAUUGUCCUCCCCAGUUGCAGCAAAUGUGGUCUCCGGUUCCGCCUGUGACGCCACACCCUGACAUGGCGGCUUUCCAGCUUUGGCGAUGAAAAAAGGUUCUUGUCAGCACACGUUGAGCAGCACUGGAGUGUCUUUGGAGGCUUGCUGUGGUGAUCCAAAACAAGAAGGUCUCCUAAGUUUCUGCUUCCAGUGUGUUGUGUCAGUGUGCCUGCUGCCUGCUACUUCCUGGAUGAUGAACUGCGAAAAGUGCAAUAUGUGGACUGUGGUUCUUCAGCUCGUCUUCAUUGGAGUGACUGUGCGGAUUGUCACAUCAUGUAAAAUAUAUGGCCUUGUAGCUGCUUGUCAUGGACAUAAACUUCAGUGGGUCCCUCUUCUCCCCCCAAACAUCAGCCACCUUUACUUGGAGAGGAACAGAAUUUCUGAGAUUAACAGCACGUCACUCCAAAACCUGGAGCAGCUGUUCGAGUUGGAUCUUGGGAAGCAGUUUGUGCCACUCGUGAUAAGAAAUGACGCCUUCCUCGGGCAGCGUCAUUUGGUUCGCUUGGUUCUGGGCGACAAUCUUGGUCUUCAACUGGAGCCGCGAGCCUUUGCAGGGAUGAUCAGUUUAAAGCAGCUCUUCAUGGACCACUGCUCUUUGACAGACUCCAUAUUGGCACGCAACUACCUCGAACCACUCUCAUCCUUAGAAGAGCUUAAUCUUUUUGGUAAUGUACUACGAAGACUAAAACCAGGACUUUUCUUUCAAAACCUCUCCAAUUUGACACAGGUAAACCUCAUGUUGAAUAAGAUUGAACAGCUGUGUGAAGAAGAUCUCGUUGGUUUCAGGAGCAAGUAUUUCACACACUUCAAUCUAGACUCCAAUCACUUGUACAAAAUGGCCACGAUCAACUUCGAUUGGGAGAAAUGUGGAAACCCUUUUCGAGGAAUGGCCUUCAAUAUCCUUGAUUUAUCAACCAACGGGUUCAGUGUGACCACAACCAGACUGUUUCUCAAAGCAAUGCAGGGUACUCCAGUUGCUCACCUCAUAUUCUCUGGAUACUUGGGGAAAGGGUUCUCACAUGACAAUUUACCAGAUCCAGACAGGCACACAUUUGAAGGUCUUGCGAACAGCACAUUAAACAUUUUGGAUUUGUCUAAAAACAGAAUAUUUGCCUUGCAGAGAGCUGUUUUCAGUCCUCUGAGCAAUGUGAUUAUAAUUGAUGUCUCACAAAACAAAAUCAACCAAAUUAAUGACCGGGCCUUCAGUGGUAUGCAAGGGAAUUUAAGAUUGCUUAACUUGUCAUUUAACAUUCUCGGAGAAAUAUAUUCACACACGUUUAGCAGCCUGAACGAACUUAGGGUUUUGGAUUUGUCUUUUAAUAACAUUGGUGCGCUGGGUGAUCACACAUUUGAAGAUCUUCCUAAACUACGAGCGUUAUAUUUAACAGGAAACUCCCUGCGGAUUUUGGGUAAUCCUGCAUCCUUGCCCAACCUUGAAUUUCUUCUUUUAGGUGAUAACCGCUUGGUUGAUUUAUACAAUAUAGAUAAACUAAGCAUCAACCCAAUUCAUGUGGAUGUGACAAAUAACAGAUUAACAAACCUUGAGGAUGUUUAUCUUGUCUUAACCAACUUCAACCAGCUUCAGAAUUUAUUUUUUGGUGGGAAUUUCAUUAAGUGGUGCACACUUGGUCAGAAUGUGUCAAUUCCUCUUAAUCACAGCCUUCAAGUGCUGGAUCUUCAUGACAGCUCUCUGCAGUUGAUUUGGGCUGAGAGGACAUGCCUUGAUGUGUUUAAUCACUUGGACAAUCUGCUCGGUCUAAAUUUAAGCUUCAACUCCCUCACGAGUCUCCCACAGGGCAUUUUCCACAGUCUCAACUCAAUCACUGUCAUUGACCUGUCAUCUAAUGCACUGACCUAUCUGCAGCCAAAUGUUUUUCCCAACAGCCUUAGGAAUCUUGACCUUUCCAACAACUUCUUAGCCACUCCAGAGCCCAUGACCUUUGAUUCCCUCCUCCUCCUCAGCCUUUCUGGAAAUCGCUUUCACUGUGACUGUCAUCUCGAGAGCUUCCUGAAGUGGAUGAAUGUGACCAAUGUGACCUUCUUUACUCCAGUUGAGGAUUACCGAUGCGAGUUCCCGGUUGUUUACUUUGGCCUUCCGUUGCUCAAUUAUUCCCGGAUCAUUGAACCGUGUGAGGUCGACGAUGAGCUGGUGGUCAGAGAGCUUAAGUUUGCGCUGUUCAUCAUUUCUACCUUCCUUAUUUUAACAGUCACGCUUUCUGGGAUUGCUUACGCUCGUCUCCGUGGAUGGAUCUAUAUUAAUUUCAAAAAAGUUGUCGGUAGAGUUCUCGAAGGCCCCAAAGCCCCGCCUCCUUUGGAGGACACACAGUAUGAUGCCUACCUGUGCUUCAGCAACAUGGACUACAGGUGGGUGGAGGUUGCUUUACUGAAAAAGCUGGACAACAAAUUCUCUGAAGAGAACAUCCUACAGUGUUGCUUCGAAGCCAGAGACUUCCUGCCUGGUGAGGACCACCUAUCUAACAUCAGAGAUGCCAUCUGGGGGAGUAAAAAGACUGUGUGUGUUGUCACCAAGGAGUUCCUUAAAGAUGGUUGGUGCUUGGAGGCAUUCACCUUGGCUCAGGGCCGCAUGCUGAACGAGCUGAAAAAUGUUCUGGUAAUGGUGCUGGUUGGUAAGGUGGCUCACUACCAGCUGAUGAAGUAUAACGCAGUUCGAGCAUUCGUCCAGAGGAGAGAGUACCUCACUUGGCCAGAGGACCCUCAGGAUCUGGAAUGGUUUUAUGAGCGCCUCGUCUCUCAGAUACUUAAAGACACUGACGUGAAGAAGUUGGGCAAGGACGCACCAAAGCCUGAAAACGACAUCCAGCUCGAGAACAUUCAAGCACAAAAGUGACUUGUUGACGAGGAUGUCCAAAUGUAAAAGCACUACUGUUUCAGGGAUGUGGAAAUAUAUUUUUUUUUAGUUUGGCGGCACACUCAGCCUUAAAAUACACGUGGCUCGCUGCUCGUGGAAAGGGCCAUAGCAGUUUGGGGCCACAAAUAGGUGCUUGCGGGCUGGAUGUGGCUCAGAGGCUGCCUAAAGAGUACUCGUCUGACUUUAUGAAGCAGAAGCACAGUACUCUAUAGGUGAGUAUGUAAUAGUAUGGCUGUAAGCCACAAUUGACUUCGUACAACCGCAGUUGACCUGUCCAUUCGUUGUGUGUGUGAGGCUAUGAAGUGGGAAUUGGGCACAAAUUGCAAAAUGUUUUCCUUAAUUACCGUUUUAUGUGAUGUUAAUGAGUGAAAGAUAUCAUGUAUGGGUCGUUAAGUCAUGUACUUCCUCUACCAGAGGUUUUCUCUGUUUUCCAGGGUAAGAGCAAGGAAGAGCUCACUUAACAUCAUUCUUAAGAGGUUGUAAGUGUAUUCAUGUGAUUAUUUAUUUAUCCAACAUUUUUUUUGAUGACCAAUCUUUGUCUGUGUCCUUAAAAAAAAAAACAAUUCUGAACGCCCUCCUGAUAAAUGUGUUUUGUUUAUGACAGGGUUGAAGAUUUAUUUCAACCAACUAUUGAUUUUUAUUUUUUUUAAAUGAUUUUCUUAUUGUUCAUAUUUUUGUUCUGCUUGGAAUAUUACAUUAUUAUUCAAUGUGGCCUUCUUGGCAAUAAAUGGACGCUUGAAUCAGCGAAAUAAUUUGUGUUUGAAUACCUUUAGAGUAGACUAUAGCAUCCAGUUCCUUAAUUUUUAGUUCAUGGUUUUGUGUAUGGAUAAUAAAAUGAAAGUGCGAAGACUUACGCAAAAUAUUUUACUACACAAUUUA